UUUCGCAUUCUGAGCUCCUGUUGCAGCUCCCGAUUUGCCAUCCCCGAGUUCUCGUCUCUUGUCUGUCGGCAAAAUGAAGGUGGUCGCAGCUUACCUUCUAGCUCUGCUGGGUGGCAACGCCAGCCCUUCUUCUAAGGAUGUGACGGCCAUUUUGAGCUCAGUCGGAGCUGAGGCCGAUAAGGAUAAAAUUGCGUUUCUACUCAAGGAGCUAGAGAACAAGGAUAUUCUCGAGGUUAUUGCCUCCGGUAGGGAGAAAUUCGCGUCAGUCCCAUCAGGAGGUGGUGGCGGCGUCGUCGUCUCUUCUGGCGGUGGUGGUGGAGCUGCUGCUGCCAAGGUCGAAGAGGCCAAAGUAGAAGAGAAGGAGGAGGCCAAGGAAGAGUCGGAUGACGAUAUGGGAUUCGGCCUCUUCGACUAGACGAGCCUCUGCCUUUACAGUGCAAUACAUUCUUAAUGCGGCUGUUGAUAGCCUGCCUCAACUAAUUCAUUCCAUCAUAUGAAAGGUUUCAGUGCUCUACUAGACCUUCAGAUGGGUUUACGAAGGAGCUCAAGAUGAUCCAUCCAGGUUUGCGGCGUUGAGCCUGCCGUAUCAUCAUUGAGGCGCAAUUUUGACAGGAUAGUCAACGCUCAUGCGUAAUGUAGAAUUGGAGUUGGAGUAUGUGAUCGACAGGUCAAUUUGAAAUACAAAUGCGUGGUGAGGUCGACCUCACCAUGAAAGAUAUCUGUCUUUCAUCAAACCUGUCUAAAGCGUGACUUAUCUAUAUACCAUAUACGAUCCGGUGGGAACGUCCGCAAGGCAUCAAACUGGAUCGGAGUUCAUGUGUCUAUGCCAAGAAUCC